AAUUCAGUCAAUCAACUAAAAUCAACUAGACUCCUAACGAAGUCAACUGGGAUUAGUUUCUUCUUGAAUAUCCCCGUACUCUUGCGGAAGUUCAUUGCCAUCGUCAGCGCUGUUAACAAUAAUAAAAUCAUCAAAUCGGGAAACCCACUCGACAAAGGUUAAUUACUAGGCGGAGCAGCUUCUUCAGAAACCGUGUACCCGUCUAGAUAACGACCGAAAUUGAUAACACCAAUGAAUAUAUCGGCCAACAGCUUCCUGCGCUGGUUAGUUUCCAUCCAUAAGCAGCGCCAUGCAGUCUUCUGUCCCGAUUCCGUUGUUAUAUGGGACUCUGCUCAUCCUGGUCUCCCACCCACUUCAUACUGAAGCUGCAGCUCAGCGUGCUCCGGACAGCCGCAUCGUCAAUGGGCGCGAAGCAGCCGACGGAGAGUUUCCGUUCCAGCUUUCGUUGCGCCGCCAAUCAGUUCACAUCUGCGGUGCCUCGAUCCUGUCCGGAUCCUGGGCUAUUACGGCCGCGCACUGCAUCGAUGGCCACGAACGGCAGCCGAACGAGUUCACCUUGCGGCAGGGAAGUGUAUUCCGUGCUUCCGGAGGAAGCGUCCAACCCAUAAAGUCAAUUCACAAACAUCCCUCUUACGAUCGGGCGGAUAUGAACUUUGAUGUGGCGCUCCUGCGCACCCCGGACAGAGCCCUUAGCUCUCCCCUGGGAAAAGUGGCACCCAUCCGGCUUCCAGCGAUUGGAGAAGCUAUCGGAGAAAACGUACCGGCAGUGGUCUCCGGCUGGGGACACAUGAGCACCACUAAUCCCGUGUUAUCGUCAAUGCUUAAGAGCACCACUGUGCUAACGGUCAACCAGGAGCGGUGCCACAACGAUCUGCGUAAUCAUGGAGGAGUUACUGAAGCCAUGUUCUGUGCCGCCGCUAGAAACACGGAUGCUUGUCAAGGUGACAGUGGUGGUCCGAUCACGUCUGGGGGAACCCUCAUUGGGAUUGUGUCCUGGGGAGUGGGCUGCGCGGAUCCAUAUUAUCCUGGAGUCUACACACGCCUCGCACACCCGACUAUUCGCCGCUGGAUUCGCAUGCUAGCCAAGCUGUAAAAUAAAGCUUUGAUUGUAAUUGAUCUUAAAACUGGUAAAGGAAUAAACUUGAAAAAUAGGAACAGAUCAUAA